AUGCUUUAGAAAUCGUAUUCUGAAGGAGUUGGUGCAGGUUUCUCACUGGCAGAGAAUGUGAGAUUUUAGUUGUCAAAAACAAGGGUUAAUGACCUCUUCAUUAGAUGGCUGACGUAGCCUCAAACUUAAAAGUUAGUACAACAACUAAUCAAAGAUGCCAAAGAUGGCAAAUAAAAUAAUCUGAUUGCUCAACCAAAUGCAUUUUUUAUUAAUAAAAUGGCAGUGUCUGGUGUAUCAUAGAGCGCUUUGUUUAGCUCACCAAACAAAAAGACUUAGGGACCUGCAUCGCCGCCAAAAACAGACCCAUUUCACGAUCUGAAAUUAAGAAUACCUGAAGAGCUUUCAUAAUCACUUACUCAAUCAUAAAUUUUGCAAAAGAAAUGUCAUGUAGAAAAAGCGUAGAAUUACGAAUAAGUUCCGCAAUUCUAUUUCCCAAAUCAAGAGAUCAAUUUGUAAUUAUAAUCUGAAUAAAAUAAAAUCAUCAAUGAAAUUUUUGGGAAAUCAGACUUAAUUGAUGCCACCCAUUUCGAAUAAAUUACAACAAUUUUAUGUGGACUUUGCAAAUACACCACCAAAAUUUUAAUGACUGCUAUUGAGGGUAAUGCUACUAAGAUAAGUAAAUCUGGGUUUUUAAAGUAUUGGAAUUAACAUUUAGCUUAAAAAGAACCAAAAAAUAGAUGCUUUUAGAUUUUCAAAAAACCAAAAAAUGAUUACAUUGAAUUUGAGGAUUUCAAGCCUUUCAUGAAGAUUUUGCUUUAAGAACAUCCUGGAUUAGAAUUUUUGUAAGCAACACCUGAAUUUUAAGAACGAUAUGCUGACACUGUCAUUCACAGAAUAUUUUAUCAUUUAUGUAGAAAAGACAAUGGUAAAAUUACAUGGCGAGACUUUAAACAAAGCAAUCUAUUUGAUAUUUUAGAUUUAGUAGCAAAAGAAGAUGAUAUAAAUAAGAUUAGACAAUAUUUUUCAUAUGAGCAUUUCUAUGUUAUCUAUUGUAAAUUUUGGGAAUUGGAUGGAGAUCAUGAUUUUCAUAUUAGCAAAGAAGAUUUCUCUCGUUAUUCUAGUCAUGGACUGAGUAGAAAGGUAGUUGAUAGAAUAUUUGAUUAAAUACCUCGUAGGUUCAGGAGUGAAAUAGAUCAGAAAAUGUCAUACGAAGAUUUUGUCUACUUUAUUUAAUGUGAGGAGGAUAAGACUACAAUUCAAUCUAUUGAAUAUUGGUUCAAAGUUAUUGAUUUAGAUAGUAAUGGUAUCAUAACAGGAUUUGAAAUGGACUACUUUUAUGAAGAAUUGAAACAACGAAUGGAUUGUUUAAAUCAUGAGCCCAUAUUGUUUCAAGACUUUGUUUGUUAGAUGGUAGAUCUUUUGCAUCCUGAUAAUGAUAUUCUGUUUAAAAUGAAUCAUUUUAAACAGAAUCUAUCUGUUUGUGGAGUUUUCUUUAACUUUUUAACUAAUUUAAAUAAACUUGUUGGUUAUGAAAACAGAGAUCCUUUUCAAGUAAGAAAUGACAUCGUUGAUCAUCCAGACUUUACUGAUUGGGAUAGAUUUGCAUUUCAAGAAUAUGUUAGGUUAGCAAUGGAGGAGGAGAAUUAAGAAUAGGGAGAGGUAUUUGAAGGAGACAAUAUUUGGGAUAAUGAUGAUUAAAAAUAAUUAUGA